GACUAUUUCCACCAGACUGCCCAUGUACGAAGUACGUACCUCCACUAUGAGAUACACUGAUCCCUGCGCAUCUCCCGACAUCUUUCCGAACAAUGAGUUCAGGGACACGCAGCGUCAUCCUCCACGAACACCUAGCUUCAGCGUCGCGUCUCAUUUGUCAACCUGACCUUAUGGGCCGCAAAACGUUUGAUUCAUAACUGCACGCAGAUGUAGACAGUCAAUGCUUUUUCGCGCGUUAAACCCGGCAGGAUGAUGUCCUUGACGAACGAGGAGGAUCCUUUCCUCCAGGUCCAACAAGAUGUCCUCUCCCAACUCCAAUCCACUCGGCCCCUAUUCGCCUCCUACCUGCGCAUCCGCUCCCUGUCCACGACCACCAUAUCACCCGAGCUAAGCUCCGUGCGUGCCGACCUCGAAUCAGCCCUCGCAUCCCUGAGCGAAGACCUCGCUGACCUGACUGAGUCCGUCAAAGCCGUCGAGUCGGACCCCGUUCAAUAUGGCGUAUCGAUGUCAGAGCUUAAGCGGCGGCAGCGGCUAGUGAAAGAAGUCGGGGGCGAGAUCGAGGACAUGCGAGAGGAACUGAGCAAAAAGGUCGACAGCUCAGCAGCGGCGCGGGCAGCUAGACAAGCGGCUAACAACGAGCUUCCUGACCCGAAUGCCUUCGCCAUCGGCGAUGGCGAUGAGGGUGACAACUACACCGAGUUCGAGCAUCGGCAGCAGACGCUGAUGAUGCGGGACCAGGACGAGACACUCGACGGGGUGGCCAUGACGGUGGGGAAUCUGAGGCGGCAGGCUGAUGAUAUGGGUCGGGAGCUCGAGGAGCAGCGCGAGAUGCUUGAGGUCGUGGAUAACGCGGCUGAUCGCGUCGGCAGUAGACUGGCAACCGGGGUGGCAAAACUAAAUCACAUUGUGCGGCAGAACGAGGAUAGGUGGAGCGGGUGCUGUAUAGGUGUUUUGAUUAUGGUGUUGAUUAUACUGCUGGUCCUGCUCUUGAUACUAUGACGGACCUGGUGCUGGGAAAUGGCACUGACGUACCGUGACUAAUUGGGAUGGUUUAUCUUUCGUCAUUUGGUCACAGAGUAAUCAUUGCACCGAAGGGCUGCAAUGGCACAUGUCCAUUUUGCUCAUUCAUGGAU